AAUGAAGGUUUCAACGGUAGGCAUUUCUUUCCCCAAUUUUCCCUCUCGUGUGGCCCACAUUAGUUUUGGAUCCGCAUUAUUUAUCAUUACACUUGUAAAUGAACUCGCAAAACGGAUGGACGGGGUGGAUUUCCCACAAACAUCACAGUGGACUCCACUUUGCAUUCCAGCGCAGGAACUUCAUGCGAAAAGGCUUUCGAAAGGAAAUCCGCUUCGGAGUCUAUUUUAGAGUCUAUAAAGACAAGUUGCAAUGCAGCCGUAGAGAGAGAGAGAGAGAGAGAGUAGGAGGAGGAGAGGAAGAACAGCACUCUACUUCGAUGGAAAGAAGAGAAAAGAGAAGAAGGAUGAAAAGAAGAGAGACAAAGAAAAGAGGAAGUGAGGGUGAAAGAGAAGAACCACACCAUCCAGUUGCAGAUCUAUCCGUCCAACCCAAUGUGCCUUGUUCGGUAAUGAAGAUGGAAGCCAAGAAGUCCCGCAUGCCUCCCUAUGGAGCAGCCCCGUGGCUUGUCUUUUCUCAUGGAAAACGGGAAAGAACCAAAACCUUCUUCAAUGUAUCCGAGGGGAAUUACUAUGUGAGAAACAUACCUGAGAUGCGCCGAUCAGAUUGUCUUGCCUCUUGCUAUGGCUGGUUGGUGAUGCUGAAUAAAACUAGUGGUGACCUUUUUCUGCUCAACUCAGUCUCAUUGCAGAAAAUCCAGUUACCAUGUUUGAGUGAAAGCUAUAGUUUUAAAAAGUGUGUUCUCUCAUCGCCUCCAACUGAUCCUGAUUGUGUGAUUUUAUGCAUUGUUUUUUCAACUGAUUUUUUUAUAUAUUGUCAUCCGGGCGAUGACAAAUGGAUCAAACUGAAGUAUAGAAUUCCAAAAGAGGAAGCUUCCUUUAGGCAAUUGGUCUCCUGCAAUGGAAAAUUAUAUACUUAUGGUCGUCGUAAGCUUGGAAUUAUUGAUGUGAAUGCUGAUCAUCCGGUAACAUGGUUGGAAGAAGCAAAGGAGCCAGAGUGGCCCCCAUUGGUUUUAGCAACAAUAAAUACUCUGGUGGAAUCUUGCGGUGAUAUCUUUCUAGUUCGGCGGAGUGUGCUUCUACUCGUACCACGGAUUGCAAGAGUUGAGGUUUACAAGAUGGAUUUUGAUAGAAUGGCUUGGGUAAAGGUUGAUACUUUAGGUGAUCGUGUGCUGUUCUUGGGCAGGGACCAUUCUAUAUCUUGCUCUGCGUCGGAUUCAGGAUUGAAAAGGGAUUGCAUCUAUUUUAUGAAGCCAGAUGAUACAAAUUUAUAUGUAUUUCACUUAGAUAGAGGGACUAUUUCCGCGAAAGUGCCUUGUCCAAACGUUCGUCCACCUUGGUCUAAACCUUUUUGGGUAAUGCCUGCAGUCUAAAACCUAUGUUUUUAUGACAAACUCACUCAGUUUAUGUUGUUUAGAAUACAGUGGAGUUUCUGUCUUUAUUA